AUGACAUGGGGCAAAAAGGGAAUCUGCUUCGUGAGAGGUUGCUAUAUCUGUAAUCCAUGCUACUCCUUACACCAAAAUCUUCCUUUGGUUGCUACUCCUUACACCAAAAUCUUCCUUUGGUUGCUCAGGCCAAGCAGAUUCCCAUGUGGGAUUUGGUUUCAGAUAUUUUCUGUUGAUUUAAAGGAAAGUGUUGGAUUAGAUUUUUUGGUGUCAUCUCUUCAUAUUUAUUCUUAUAAUCUAGGAGAAUUGGUGACGCCACACUUUAGUUACCAACGUUCUGUUGUUUCAAGAUCAUCAAUUAGUUCACCAGUCUACAGAGUUAUCAGUGGAAGAAGAAAGGGUCACCCCAUCGAUUCACAAAUAUCACAACGCCAACAACACGAGGCCCAAGUUUCCAAACCUUUGACAGCAGCUAAG